AUGUCCACGCAAGACCAGCCCCUAGGAUCGGGUCAGAAAACCGAAAACAGCAUGUGCGAAAUCGGGAGUGUAGAUCAAAAAUCGAGUGCGAACUCUAGCGAUAUGACGACCCUCUACCACUUUCCCCAAGCUCUAGAACUCAGCGCUAGUCGAUUCCGAGAGCGGACGAGGGACACCACCGCGCCGCCGAACCCCGGAACACUAGGCCCCACGAAGACUCUGCAUGAGCAAGGGGACGACCAACCUGCGAUUACGCUUACAACGUACAACUCUGCCUCCUCUCCCUCUGAGCCACUCAACGCCGGAGGGUUGGCUAAUGAACCGGAUGCCACCAACAAAGACUCACCAGAGGGGAACAAGACCCAGGUUUCGAACCAGUGUAUUACGGAUAUCCGUACUUCUGCGGAGGAUGAGGGGCCGGAGUUAGUACGGCUACGAUGUGAGUUGGACGACUAUUGGAUGGGGUUGCAACUGGAGUUUGAGGAAAAGACGGGGAGGGUAUGGGUCCCGUUGCGGGGGUGGGGAAGGGAAGAGUGGGUCUGGGGUGGCGACGACGACGUCGAAGUGGAUGGAGAUGAGGAUGGGGUGUUUGAUUGGUUGGACGAAGGAGUGGAGGUUUGAUACGGUCGACUUGCACUUGCUGGGCACUCGUAAGAUUGUUUUGGGACCAUGUAUUUGCUUGGGAUGGCCUGGUUACCCGCGUGACCAUUCGGGAGUGUAGGCGGAUUCUCUAAAAAUAUUCUGGAACCUGCGUUUGCCUUGCGCACAAGUUAUUACGAGCAGUCUGAUUCGUG